AUGUUUGGUGCCCUGAACCGCCUUAUCAGCAGCCUCGAUGCAGACACAUCCUCCACGCAGUCGCAUAGCAGAGACAACGCAUACGGCUUCCAGGUGCUGCGAAACAAGAACCCAGACCUACUGCUAGAGCCGUGGUUCGACUUUAUCAUUGGAAUAAAUGGCCAUAUUGUAGACGAGGCAGACCCCAAUCUAUUUACUACAGAAGUACGCAAUUGCGCCGGUUCAAGCGUAUCGUUGGAUCUCUGGAGUGCCAAAGGCCAACGGACACACCAAGCUAUUGUCCCGAUAUCAGCGUCCAACCCGUCUCUCGGCGUAACACUUCAGCUAGCACCACUCUCCCUAACACAGAACAUAUGGCAUGUCCUAUCGAUACCAUCACCCCAGAGCCCUGCUUACCUGGCUGGCCUACUGCCACACUCUGAUUAUAUUUUGGGAACGCCAAGCGGGACACUACGCGGAGAGACUGCGCUUGGUGAGCUUGUGGAGGACCAUUUGAACAGGAGCCUGACUCUAUGGGUAUACAACAACGAGUUCGAUGUAGUUCGAGAAGUUGAGAUUGUCCCCAACCGCAACUGGGGAGGUGAAGGGGCUUUGGGUGCUGUUCUGGGCUAUGGUGCACUUCACAGACUACCUUUAGCACUGAGCGAAGAAGUAUCAGGGCCAGGAGAAGUCGUCUUUGCAACAAAGGAAGACGGCCACAGUGCAGAAGCCAGCAUUAACACCAACCCUGUUAUGCCAGUGUCUGAACCCCAAUUCCUAGUUCCGGCUAAUAUAGUCCCGUCAGCGGGUGCGCCCAAAAAGGCGGCACCGCCGGCUCCGCCGGCUAGGCAAGCACGGAAGAACCGCCAUGUUGAGGCACCUUCGUUUGACGAUUACUUUAAAGAAGGUGAGGAACGGAGCCAGAAAGAGGAUUAUAUUCCUUCUUCGAGAACAGCGCCUGUUGCGCCACCUCCAAAGGCUGGCGGAGCUGUCUCAUCGCCAUCACCUACAACGACGCCAGCACCUCCUACCGAUGAUAUAGGCGGGCCUCCGGAUGAAUAA